CAUCGAGCGGCCGCGGAGCUGGGCGCUUGUCUUUACCCCGCGUGUGCAGUUGUACUAUUUGUGAUGCACGAGUUUGUUAUCAUAAUUCUUGACUAAAAACUAACACAUCGAUCGGAUUACAGUGAGCCAAACGGCUGAAGAAGUGUGCAGUGAUAACUUUCAAUCGUUAAAAGUUGAUAAUUGUCGUUUGUUUGAAUGGUGCAGUGUUUAUGUUGGUGAAGCGCCUCCCGAUUUGUCCGGCGCGCCGCACGGACGUCGCCCCCCGCGACUGGUGAAGGAGAUGCUGGGUGUGUGCGUGGUCGGCGCCGGGGGCGGGUGAGAUGGACCACGCGGUGAAGGCGAUGCGCGCGCGCGGCUGGGCGGCGCGGCUGGCGCGGCGGCGCUUCGAGUCCGCGGAGCUGGAGGAGCUGUACGCGCGGUACGCCUGCAAGCUGCAGCGCGCAUCUGUGGGGUCCGCCCUGGCGCUGUGGGCGCUGGUGGCCGCCGCGCUGGCCGGGGUGGAUGCCGCGCGCGGCUGGCGGAGGACUCCGCAGGUGUGCGUGCUAUCAGCGCACGCACUGCUCUGCGCGGGGCUGGCGUGGUGGUGCGGGCGCGCGGCGGAACACGCGCCGGAGCGCCGCCUGCCGCGCGCCUGCUGGCUGGCGCUGGCCGGGGGCGGCGCCGCACUGCUGGCCCAACUGCCCGCCUGGUCCGCCGGCUCGGCUGCUGAGGGCGCGGAGCACGUGGUGUGGGCCAUCUUCGCCGCCUACGCGCUGUUGCCGGUCGGCGCGCCCGCCGCCAUCGCCUUCGGGAGUCUCCUGACGGUCGCGCACACGGUGGCGGCCGCGCUCGUGGCGUAUCGCUUCCCGUAUUACAUCUGGCAGCAGCUGGUGAGCAACGUGCUGGUGUUCCUGUGCGUGAACGCGGCCGGGCUGCUGAUGCACUCGCUGAUGGAGACGGCGCAGCGCCGCGCCUUCCUCGACACCAGGAACUGCAUCGCAGCCCGGUUGGAUAUGGAGGAUGAGAACGAGAAACUGGAGCGGCUGUUGCUGUCGGUGCUACCCCAGCACGUGGCCAUGGAGAUGAAGAACGACAUCAUAUCGCCAGUGGAGGGACAGUUCCACAAGAUCUACAUACAGAAGCACGAGCAAGUCAGCAUUUUGUUCGCGGACAUCGUGGGGUUCACGGUGCUGGCGUCGCAGUGCAGCGCGCAGGAGCUGGUGCGGCUGCUCAACGAGCUGUUCGGACGCUUCGACCAACUCGCCAACGACAACCACUGCCUGCGCAUCAAGAUCCUGGGCGACUGCUACUACUGCGUGUCAGGGCUGCCCGAGCCGCGCUCCGACCACGCGCGCUGCACGGUGGAGAUGGGCCUGGACAUGAUCGACGCUAUCGCGUCGGUGGUGGAAGCCACGGACGUGCAGCUCAACAUGCGCGUGGGCAUCCACACGGGGCGCGUGCUGUGCGGCGUGCUCGGCCUACGCAAGUGGCAGUACGACGUGUGGUCCAAUGACGUCACGCUGGCGAAUAACAUGGAGGCGGGCGGGGAGCCGGGGCGAGUGCACAUAACGCAAGCGACGCUGGAGUGCCUCGGCGGCGCCUACGAGGUGGAGGCGGGGCAGGGCGCCAGCCGCAACGCGUAUCUCAGGGACCACUCCAUACAGACCUACUUCAUCAUCCCCCCGCCGAGGCGACGGAAAAUGUGUCUCUCGUCAGGCGUGGGGCUGGGGUCGUCGCGGCGCAAGUUGUCGUUCAAGAACGUGUCCAAUGUGGUCGUGCAACUGCUGCACUCCAUCAAGUUCAACGUAGACGUGCCAUUCUCAAACAUGGCCGCCUCGCCACAGGAACUAAAGGCUAAUGCAGCUAGAAAGGUGCUGGAUCUCCGCCGCGCGUUGCACGCGGAGCCAGGGUCAGCCGAGGCGCUGCGCCUGGCGGCCAUGCGGGCGGAAGACGUGAGCGCCCCCCACCAGCACACGUUCGACGCCGUCAUGUCCACCCGCCUGCGCACUGACCUCCCGCCGAUGGGUUUUGGUGAGCAGUUGGCAAUAAGUGGUGAUUUGCGUCCACAGAGCAAAGUGACGGAGAAGUUCAAGCGGCCGCUGAAGAAGCGUCACUCGUCUGUGUACCACCAGCCCACCAACCGAGUGAACAAGUUCCUGGCGCAGGCCAUCGACGCCCGCUCCGUGCACCGCGAGAAGGCCACACACGUGCAUCUGCUCACGCUCUGCUUUAAAGAUCCAGCUAAGGAGGCCAAGUACCGAGCAUCGAACGACGGCGGCUGGGCGGGCUCGCUCUCCGCCGCAUUAGGAACCCUGGCCACGGCCGGGGCGCUGCAGGCCACUAUCCUGCCCCGGACCACCAUCCUACUACUACUAUUCGUCACAGCCUUCUCUUGGUCCGGAGCAGUGCUAGGGCUGACUCUGGCUGCGAGACUGAGGAUAAUUCCGUGUGAUGUGUCCCGGCCGUUUGCGCUCAGGAAUGCUAUCACGACGUUUACGUUAGUGCUGGGGUAUGCCGUCAGCCAGGUCAAUGUGGUGACCUGCCGAGAACUGAAUAUAUGCAGGAACCUCACAGAAAACAUAACAAUGAACGACAUCCGCGCAACAAGCGACGACAUAGCCACAGUGUUAUGGAGCAUCAACGACCACAGAAUAUGUCCGAUACCUCUGUACAUAACCCUGGGCUGUUGCCUGAGUAUGCUCGCAGUGGCCGUGUUUCUGCGGCUGCCGAUACUGAUAAAAGGGGUGUUGUUAGCCUUCAUGACGGCAGGGUACAUGGCAGUCAUUCUGGCGUACCACAAGGAUCUGUUCGACUGCUACGAUAGGAUGGUUGAACCAGGCCCCAUAGGCUCAGCCUACGUGUCCUCAGCGUGGACAUUAGCCCUGGCUCUAGCGGUCCUAUUGCACGCGCGGCAGACCGAGUGGACCGCCCGGCUCGACUUCCUGUGGCAGGCGCAGGCCAGGGAUGAGAAGAGAGAUAUGGAUGCUUUGCAGGCAUCAAACAGGAGGAUACUGUUCAACCUGUUGCCGGCGCACGUGGCCACGCACUUCCUCGACAACCAGUUCCGCACCAACAUGAGGCGUGGUUGGCAGGAGCUGUACCACCAGUCCUACCAGCUAGUGGGCGUGGUGUUCGCGUCCAUCACCAACUACCACGAGUUUUAUAUGGAGCUGGAUGGCAACAACCAGGGCAUGGAGUGUUUGCGGCUGCUGAAUGAGAUCAUUGCGGAUUUUGAUGAGCUGUUGGGUGAAGAUCGUUUCAGCGCGAUAGAUAAAAUUAAAACCGUCGGAUCGACGUACAUGGCGGCCGUGGGUUUGAUUCCCGACAAGAAGAUGUCGGACGACGCCAGCACCAAGAAGUACAUGGCCACUCUAGUAGAAUUCGUGUUCGCCAUGAGAGAUAAACUGAAGGAUAUUAAUGAUAACUCCUAUAAUAAUUUUAUGUUAAGAGUUGGAAUAAACCUAGGCCCAGUGGUGGCGGGCGUGAUCGGCGCGCGCAAGCCGCAGUACGACAUCUGGGGCAACACGGUGAACGUGGCCUCGCGCAUGGACUCCACGGGCCUGCCCAACCACACGCAGCUCACCGGCGAGGUGUACCAGGUGCUCAAGGACCUGCCCUACCAGUUCGUCUGCAGGGGCAAGGUCAAGGUCAAAGGGAAGGGGGAGAUGACUACGUACUUCUUGACGGAUAGGGCGCCCAGUGAAGUGAGCGGACAGAAUACGAACACGGGGCAUCAGGGGCAGCCGCCGUCGGCGUACGGCGGCGUGGCGACCCCGCUGGCCAUGCUGCAGGGCGGGGGCCGCCGCGCCGCGCCGCCGCCGCGCCUCGCGCCGGUCAGAGAGAGCGCUCCCGAGAGCGAGCCGCUGCUGCCCAACUCACACCAACUCACCAACAACCUGAAAGGCAGCAAGAACAGAAGGAACAAAGAGGAGGAGACGCCGCCGCCGCCGCCACCGCACGGGGUGGCUGUCAACCCGCGGUGGCCGCCGCCGCGCGCCUUCGUGCCGCCGUGGCCGCGGGGGCCGGAGGCGCGCCCCCCCGCGCCGCACAAGCGCCGCCCCCCCGCGCGCCUGCCCCGCCCCCGCUCCAGCGAGAGCCUGCCCCUCGCCCGCUCCCCGCGCGUGCACUCCUCUGCCGACGAGCUGAGUUCCCUCACGCGGUCGCCCAGUCUUAGCUCGUCCGACGAGAGCUACUCGCGCACCACGGACGCCUCGCCCUCCCCGCCCCGCGCCCCGCCCCGCGCGCCCCGCCCGCUCUACGACUACCCGCCGCUGCGCGCCAAGCCCGUGCUCAACAACAUCAACGACAUCUACGCCAAGCACAAUAAAAUCAACAAGAAACCGUCUCUCGAAGAGAAGAUCUUGGACGGCUCGAUCGACUUCCAGAAGGAGGACGAGAAACUGCAGCGUAGCAUCAUCAACAUGAUACAGGCUUCGUCGAAGCGCGACAGCUGCAGCCAGACGGACAAGAAGGACGUGGGCGCGCGGGGGCGGGCGGGCUCGGGGUCGGGGGCGGGGGCGCGGGAGGUGCUGUGCAAGCGCAGCCCCGCGGCCGACGUGGCCUGCGUGCUGCCCUUCGAGAGAGAGAUACAAAGGCUGCUCGAUGAUAAAAAUGUACUUAAGAGUGUUCCUCCGAAGGCUGAACGCAAGGAUUUGAAACUUGAGCUUCGAGGCGCCCCCAGCCACGAGCAGCCAGCCCGCAACACCAACAACAACAGCAGCCCCCUUCACUGCGUGGGGCUGGCCGCCAUCGCGUCGCUGGCGCGGCAGGACCGGCCCGCCUUCCCCGGCGUGCUGCCCACUGACGUGGUGGUGACCCCGCCGCGGGUUGACAGUCCUGCGCACGAGAAGAAUGAAGAGGAAGAGGAGGCUAAAGAGAAGGAGAAACAACAAGAGAAGGAGAGAGAGAAAGAACUCCAACACCGACUGCACAACCAGGUGCCCACUUCUAACCACCGAGAGCUGGGUCUCUACGGCGAAAGCCAAUCAGAGUGGAGCUCUUCCUGUUCGGAGGGGGAGGGCGAGGGGGAGGGGGGCCGCGCGGAGAGCACCGGCUACACCACCGACGACCCCGCUCUGGAAAACGUCUCCAUGCUCAACGAAGCAGGGUUGACCGACGCCGAAGCCGCACUAAGCGACGUUAAUUCAUGCUACUUCGACCGAGACGACGAUGUCUCCUCAAGAGCUUCUUCACGCCUACUGGAUUCCGAAGCACUAGUGUCACUAGAGUCCCUCAGCGCCAUCUAUGACUCGGAUGAGCCGGCGCAUCGGUAUUUGGCUAAUAUCCGCACGGUCAGCGAGUCUAUCACGAGGAACUUCGGCCAGCCCGCACCCGUCACUGAUGGGGAGAGCGACGUCUAGUGGUUGUUGAGGUUGAUGCAGAUCUACGCUGCUGUUUUGUGACCUACUGCCUUCGUGAGCGUGUGAGCAGUUAGCUCACUAGCGCCGCGGCGGCCGACAGAGUAACGUGCCGAUGAUGGGCCACGCGCUGACGGCUAUGUCACACAGUGGCAAGCCGAUUAGAACUCUUGUUACUUAAAUCUUCGCACAUCCAUGACAGCGAAUCCAAAGAUUUUAGUUUAAAGCUCGUUUGUAAACGCUCUCUAGUGCAAAUAAUAUAGUGCAAUACUCAAAACCUCGGGACUGACAGUUCCCGAAGUCUGUUCUUAUUCGUGUACAAAAGGAUUUGUGAAUGUCCAAUGUUCAUUUCCUCGGACCGAUGUAUAGUUUGAUCUAAACGUAUAAUGUUAUUGUAUUAAUUAGCCAUGUUAUCGACGUGCCUGCAGUCUCGUCUGUAUCUAUAGUCUGUAUGAUAUUCGUGUACAGUGGAGGGACGCCAUGUAAUGGUGUCAAGCAUCACCUAGGGGGUAAGAAAUGAUCUCUACAAUUAUAAGGUGCUCUGACUUAGAAUUAAUAUUAAUUUUGUUUAAAGGGAAGAUGAGAAUUUCAAAAUUGAUCGACCAAUAUUCGGAGAUUUGUCUCAAGUAUCGUAUUGUUAUCUUAAGGGAUGGGGCUGGACCCGGCUAUCAUGUUCAUCUCGCACUAUAUUCAUCAGUAUUGUAAAUAAACAAAAGUAUAAUUUUGCAUUUCCGUUAUUAAGUAGCUUAACGUUACCAUAAUUAUUAUGAGUAUGUAGUAGGUAUAUAGGUAUGUAAGUACUUAUAUUUUCUUAAUAGUAUUUUUGUUAAGUAUUGUUCAUCCAUUGCUAAAGUUUUUAACGAUUUAAGUGCCAUUAUACAAAUACUGCAUGUUUGGUUGUCAAUUACUUGAUCUCACUACACAUACGAGGUUAUUGUGGUUAAUAUUAGUACUGCACAAUGUGAAGGUACCUUAAAUUCAAUUUAAAACCUUCUUGGAUUACACACUAUUCAUCAAAUUUGAUGGUUUUAAAUGAGAAUAAUCAAAUUAAAACUAUUAUCUUACGUACUUAUGUAGGGUACCUUUACCUUAUACUAAAACAAAACUUUCAAAAAGAUAAAAAUAAUAAGUACUGUGUUAUCUCCCUCAUUUACCUACAGUAGUUAUGAAUUAUGUAUGACUGUAUUAUUUUCUUAUAAGUAUUAUACCUACUUCAAUACUUACCAAACGUGUAAUAGACCUCACAUCCUAUUAUUAAAGUACAAUUGAUUGGUUACAUCCGUUACGGAUAUUUGUUAUAGAAUAUUCAUGUUUACAACACAUUUCAAAAUUGAUUAUAUUAAUAGGUAUAAUGUCAAUUUCAUGCUGUUAUAGAACAAUGUUAAAUACUUACAGUAAUUUUUUAUUUUACGGAGGUAUGCAGGUGUUAUAAGAUACUAUAUAUAUUCAGUUCUCUCUUAAUUAAGGGCCAUAAUGGCUUGUGAUAAUAUUUUCUAUUUGAUUAAAAACGAUGAAACUUGAAUCAAUAUUGUAGGUACUUAUGAUUUAUUCAUG